AUGUCCCGCCUUACUGAGGAGAGCAUGUGGCUCGGAGAGGGUAUUCAUAUCCAUUUUUUAAAUGGCUGCCUUGGGGGAAAAUCUUACAAACGGGGGAUUAUCAAUCUGGAAGUGUGUUUUGAGUAUUUUGUGAAGGAGUCUGAGAGCGAGUCAUUGCCUCCAGACUGCAGCAGGCAUGCAGCCAGAAUGCAUGGCAAAGCACUUGCUGUGCUGAAGAUUCCAAGAAUAAUCACUGGAGGUGAAAUGUCAACCAAAGUGCCAAACAUUAAACUGAAAAUUGAUCCUCGGAAUCUGCAGAUCCAGACAUUUACAGUGGAGAAAUUACUGGAACCGCUGAUAAUUCAGGUUACAACAUUAGUCAACUGUCCACAGAAUCCUUCUAGUAAGAAAAAGGGCCGUUCCAAAAGAGCUCGUGUCUUGCUUGCUUCUGUGGAAGAAGCCACUUGGAAUCUGUUGGACAAGGGAGAAAAAAUAGCCAAGGAAGCAGUUGUGUUUAAAGAGGAGCUUCACGCAGCUCUCGCUGACGUGCGGAAGGAGAGUCAGGCCCUGCAGGUGUCAGCAGAGGCGUUCACCAGCGAUCCCUGCUCCCUGCCCAGGAGGCAGGCUGUUGUCCCAGCGGCUCGCUCCCUGCUGGCCGCUGUCACCAGGCUCCUCAUCCUGGCUGACAUGGAGGAUGUGGCCUUCCUGCUGCAGCACCUGACUGUGUUUCAAAGAUCAUUUGAAUCUUUAAGAAAUGUAUCCAGCAAAUCUGAUCUACAGAAAACCUACCAAAAGUUUCAAAAAGAUCUGGAAAAUCUUGAUUACUUGGCAUACAAACGUCAGCAGGAUUUGAAAUCUAGCAAUCAGCGAGAUGAAAUUGCUGCAGCACGUGCAUCCCUGAAGGAAAAUUCUGCUUUCCUACAUUCAAUAUGCUCAGCUUGUUUGGAACAUUCAGAUGUUGCAUCCCUUACAGCCAGCAAAGAUUCAAUUUGCAAUGAAAUACAGAAUGCUCUCAAUGUAAUUUCUAAUGCUUCCCAAGGAGUUGGAAAUAAAAUGGAGCAACCUGCAGCUCAGACAGCUACUCUUGGAAGUGCACUUGAUGAGCUUGAGAAUUUAAUAGCCCUGGAUCCCCUGGCAGUGAAGGAGGAGGAGGUGCGGCCGUCGCUGGAGCAGCGGCUGGAGGCGAUCAUCAGCGGGGCGGCGCUGCUGGCCGACUCCUCCUGCACGCGCGACUCGCACCGCGAGCGCAUCAUCGCCGAGUGCAGCGCCAUCCGCCGGGCGCUGCAGGAGCUGCUGGCCGAGUACCUGCGCUCCGUGAGUACCGGGCCGGCGAGCGACGCGCCACGGGCUGCCGGGCGACUGAGUAAUACAACGCGGGGCCACUGAGUAACGUUACACGGGGCUGCCGGGCAACGCCGGGCAACUGAGUAACGCGGCACGGGGCUGCUGAGUAACACAGGGUAGCUGAGUAACACCGGGCAACUGAGUAACACAACACGGGGCUGCUGAGUAACACAGGGUAACUGAGUAACGCAGGGCAACUGAGUAACAAAGCGUGGGGCCACUGAGUAACACAGGGCAACCAAUAACAAAGCGUGGGGCCACUGAGUAACAGCAGGAAACUGAGUAGUGCAACAUGGGGCCACUGAGUAACACUGGGCAGCUGAGUAACCCA